AUGGUUCUCUCCCGUCAACUUCCACAGCGGCGCCCUUCGGCCGUGCAAAGCUUCGCCUCAGCCUCUUCUCCGGUAUCGCUUCAUCUCUGUUCAACUUCUAAUCAACGCUCAAACUUUGUUCAGUUAUGUCUCGGUUCCCCUCGUCACUUUCGUCUUCUCAAUCACAGUUCCGAUCUCGUUACCGAUUCACAGCUUCCGCUUUCGUGCGAUUUCGAGGUUUUCUAUAAAAAAAUGAUCUCCUCAUGCCCUCUUUUUUUCAUCAGUAAAGAGUUUUUACAGGUUAUGGACAGUAACAAAAUUAUAGCAGGGAAAUUUAGAGAUAGACAGCAGCAUUGGACUGUUCCGAACAACAGCAUAGCAGGGAUAGUUUUUGAGUGGUUUGGGCAGGUUUUAGCAAGGAUUUGGCAAGUUUUCGUUUGCAAGCUUUAA